GCCAAUAGUAGCGAAGGAGGCGGGACGCGUUGAGAAUCCGGGAAGUAGCGGUGUUUGGGGUGAGUUUCACGGAGAUUGGGAAGAAUCGCGAAGAGGCAAAAUGUCGGAAAGGAAAGUGUUAAACAAAUACUACCCGCCAGAUUUCGAUCCAUCCAAGAUCCCUAAGCUUAAACUUCCAAAGGACAGGCAAUAUGUGGUCCGGCUGAUGGCUCCCUUUAACAUGCGAUGCAAAACGUGCGGCGAAUACAUUUACAAGGGCAAAAAAUUUAACGCCCGGAAAGAGACGGUCCAGAAUGAAUCUUAUUUGGGACUUCCCAUCUUCCGGUUUUACAUCAAAUGUACCCGCUGCCUGGCAGAAAUCACGUUCAAGACAGACCCUGAAAACACAGAUUACGCCAUGGAGCACGGCGCCACGCGCAAUUUCCAGGCCGAGAAAUUGCUGGAGGAAGAGGAGAAGCGUUUGCAGAAAGAGAGAGAAGACGAAGAGCUGAAUAACCCCAUGAAGGUUUUGGAGAACAGAACCAAGGAUUCCAAACUAGAGAUGGAAGUUUUGGAAAACUUGCAGGAGCUGAAAGAGCUCAACCAGCGCCAGGCCAACGUGGAUUUUGAAUCCAUGUUGCGGCAGUACAAAGAUUUUGAGGAGCAGCAGAAGCAGCGGGAAUUGGAGGAAGACGAGCAGGAAAUGAAAUCCAUGCUGGAGCAAGCCAGCCGGAAAAUGCUGGAGAACUCCGAUUCGGAAGAGGACCUCCCUCCAGCUCGGCCAAAACCACUUGCAAAGGGAAAGCCCACCGACAUCCUGCAACUGGACUCCGAGCCGCAAGCUAAGAAGCCAAAGCUGGAAAGCUGGGAAAGGAGCGUGGGAAAACUCUCGGUGAAGACACAACUCUCGGGCUUGGUGACCCCCAAGAAGAAGCCCGUUUCCGGGGUGGCCAAUGGAUCGGGAAGCCAAGAGGCAGCCUCAGAAGCAGAUGGGAAGCAGCACGGCGCUUCUACAGGGGCCCUGCCCAGCUCAAACACCAGGGUCUCUUCUCUCGGCCUUCUGGGGACUUACUCCGACAGCGACGACAGUAAAAGCGACUGAAUUUGGGGGGGGGGAGGCUUGUGGACCUAUGAGAAGAGGAGGUAAUCAUGACAAACAUGACUUUAAUGGACCUGAAACAAGAAGAGGCCAGAAUUUACCCUGUCAUGUUUUUACAAACAAGUUAUUAACAGACCGAGAGGCCGAAUCCCCACAAUGUUAACUGUUUUCCCUGUCCGCAUUUACCUCAUGGCAGUUUAUCCCCCAAAAAAUUAAAUUUCAAUUUUCCUAGAA